AUGUCAACUAAUCUUAAUGGGUUUCAAUACCCCCAUUUGCAGCCGCAGCAACAAUCGCAACAACCAAAGCACGAGUAUUAUCCAACAACUACCACCAUUUCUGCUAAUUCAACGGCAAAUUCCAACAACUCUACAACUCCUAAUACUGCAGUUACAACAACAGCAUCCACCACAACAGGCUCAUCCUUAAGACCAAACUCAAUAUCGCUAAACAAAGUUUCUACUGAUGCCCAUUUCGCGAGAAACAAUAACUCUAAUUCUCAUGCCGCUGCCUCCCAUUUGAAUCUUAACCAUUCGUCAGCUACUAUUGUACCACACAUGAUUACAGGCACAGGUGCCUCAGUAAUGGUUACAGAUCCACAAAUUAGUUCUAAAUUUACAAGUACAGAUAUUCAAAUCUUACGACAAUUGUUAAUCGCUGGUGAGAAAUAUAAGUGGAAACAAAUAACAAAGGAAAUAAAUUCCUCUAGUAACCAUAGCAAUCAUGUUAUUGCCGCACUAUCGAAAAAGCAGCAACAGACAGGAGGAACUAAUAUACGUCUUCCGCAGCAACAGCAGCAACAACAACAACUGCAACAGCAGCAACAGCAACAGCAACAGCAACAACAACAACAACAACAACAACAACAACAACAACAACAACUGCAGCAGCAGCAGCAUCUGCAGCAGCAACAACAAUUUGGGUACGUUGAUAACGGAAAACUAGAUGGUACAAGUAUCAUUACCAACAAUUCCAAUAUUAACAAUAACAGAAAUAUUAACCACAACAUUACUAGUUCUAUACCGUUAAAAAACGUGAGUCCCACUUUUGUAAUGAAACAGUAUCAGCAAUUAUUGGGAUUUCCCAAUAACCUGAUUUAUUUUGGAAUUUUAGGGUCUAGCUUACCUUAUGUUGUUGCUGCAAAAGGCUGGAGUGACCUUGAUCAAAAUGUCUACAACUACACUUUCCACAAAGAUGAUGGCUAA